AUGGAGAGGACAAGUACUUCACUUCUAUUCCUGCUUAGCUUACUUAUCAUAUUUGCCUCAGCUGUGAAUCAGAUAAGAGCACAGACAUGUGACGAGAACCUAAGCUCUUGUGAAAAUUGCGACCAAAGGUGCAAGGCCAAACACGGACCAUCGUCCGUAAGCAAAUGUAACGGUCCGGAUGGGACGUGCGGAUGUGCCUCAUUUAAACCAGCCAAACUGUGCAUCGGUGCGACUGAUAUGUGCACUGAUAAAUGUCCUACAAGUUGUUGUGAUAGACAAUGCGCUAUAAAAUAUAAGAAUGGAAAAGGGGGUUGUGUCGACUAUGCUGGUUAUAGGAUGUGCAUUUGCGAGUACACUUGCUAA